AUGGAGUGGGCCAACGGGGACAUCCGCGUCGGUACGGGGCGUGCCCCGCCCCGCCCCAAGGUGCACGAGACCGUGGUCGACAUGCACGGCUACCCGCCCGCCCGCGACUACCCGCCCCAGACCCACCUGGACUACGGCUCGGUGGGCGUGCCGCGGGCCGAGUGCACGCCCAAGCACUGCGGGUACGGCGGCCCGCCCACCAGCGGCCACCACCCGUAUGGCAUCACGCACCCCAACUACCAGACUUCAGGCUCAGCCCCGGGGGCGGCUCCCCCUAUCCGGGCGAGCGCCCGAGUGUCCGGGGGCGCGGCGUGUGAGUACCGGCCCGCCUGCUACUCCUCCGCCGACCGUCCGCCCCGCACCGACCUGGGGCCGCCCCCGGACAUCCACCCCGAAGUGCGGCCCGCCGAGGCGCGGCCGCCGCCCGACGUGCACCGCGACGUGCCGCCGGAACUGCGUCAGGAGGCGCGGCCCGAGUGCUACGAGGCGCGCGGCGGCCGCAGCCACCACGCCAGCCACUGCGACCUGCGGGAGUUCCAGGAGUGGCGGGAGCUGCGCGGCUCCAGGGAGUCCGUGGGCACGCUGCCGCCAGAGCUAGAGUCACACCUGCGGGAGUGCCGCUGCCCCUGCGACCACCUGGGCUACGGCAACUACCAGCUUCCUCACCCGCCACUCACGCCGCCAGGCACCCGCGCCGACACCUCCACACCCUACACGCCCUUCCGCCACCCCACGCCCCAUCCCCCACCCCCCUCGCUGCCUCCCUCCACCCACUCAGCCUACUGA